AGUGUAAAUCUCUUUCUCAUACAACUGACACACGAGGAGUUCUGACGUGUGCAAUUUCGGACAUAAAAACGAAAAAAAAAUCUCAGUCCCAUUUUUAAAUCAAAUUUAGUUCAUUUCAAGCUUUAAUCUGAACGAGAUCAGCAAACUUUGAUGUCUGUAAAAAUAUCCAGUGGAAAUUUAUCCUCAGUCAAUCUGCUCAUUGAUACACGGUCUGCAAUGAUAUAACACGUUCGAGAGUUUUGUUUUGAAAAUAAAUAAAAAAAAAAAAUUAAAAAAUAAAUAAGUAAAAAUUAAGAGAAGCAAAAUAUUUUGUGUUGUUAAGUAUGAAUUCUGUGGUUUAUAAAACAUUGAAUAAGUACGAAUCUAACAUUGUUCGGUAACAUUUAGAAAAAGCCCGUUAAUUAAUUCAUUAAACAAGAUUUUAAUUGUGUGAUAUUUUACGUUUAAAUUGUGCUCACAGUUGCAUUUUAUCGAAGGAAUAAAAAUAAAAAGAAAAAUAUUCUGCGUUAGAAAGUUUCCUGUUGCCCGCCAACCAAAAAUCAACCAAAUAUUUGUGAUAACAUAGGAUGGUAGAAAGUGAAAACAGUACAAAAUCUACAGAUAAUUCAAAUGUAAGAGACACAAAUUAUCGAAACGGUGCCGAUGCCAAAGAAUCUGAAUCGAAAUUCUCCUCCAAAGGGAAGAAAUUCGAUUCAUUUCCACUGUCGACAGUCGAAUUAACCAAAUACAACAAUGGCAGCGGCGUCAAAAUUGACGCCGAAAAGGGUCCCGUCACAAAGGCCGACUUUGAGCUAGCCAUUGAACUGACGGGCUACGGCAAAUUCCAUUACAUUCUGCUGGCAAUAUGCGGUCUAGUCAGCACCAGCGAAGAGAUGGACGUCAUAUCGAUGUCGUUCAUUCUACCAUCGGCACAAUGCGAUCUACAUUUGAAUACACAAACGAAAGGAUGGCUCAAUUCGAUUAUAUUCAUUGGAAUGAUGGUGGGAGCGUACUUUUGGGGCAGUUUAGCCGAUUCGAUGGGUAGAAAACGUGUCCUGAUAGUCAUAUCAAUUAUGAAUGCACUUUGCAUUGUGGCUUCGUCGUUCACUCAGAAUUACAUUCUAUUCAUGUUGUUUCGGUUUCUGAACGGAGCCGCUCUGGGAGGCAGUGGACCGGUGAUAUGGUCAUACUUUGCUGAAUUUCAGCCCAAAUCAAAGCGAGGUUCCAUGCUGAGUUUCAUGGCCGCUUUUUGGACAUUUGGAAAUUUAAUCGUAGCUGGAAUGGCCUGGUUGAUUAUACCACUAAAUAUUGGUGUUCACACUCCAUACUUUGUGUACAACUCAUGGCGGAUAUUCCUAGUGAUUUGUUCCCUUCCAUCGUUUGUCGUAGCCAUUUUACUCGUGUACCUACCGGAAAGUCCGAAAUUUCUAAUCAUGAAAGGCAGGAACGAGGAAGCGCUGAACAUUUUUCGCGGAAUUUUCGUCACAAAUACCGGCAAAUCGCGAGACAUUUAUCCGGUGAAAGAGAUUUUAAUCGAUGACAAACUGAAACAGGAAUUGGAAGAGAUCGAAAAAUCGGCCAAAGGAAAAUACUCCCAAAUGUUAUCGAAUAUACUAAACAACAGCAAAGGGCUGUUUGUGUCGCCAAUUCUGAAAUUUACACUGAUUUCCAUCACAAUCAAUUUUACAUUCCACAUCGGUUACUAUGGGCUGAUGAUGUGGUUCCCCGAACUGUUUCAUCGAUUCGACAUUUAUGAUACGGCCCAUCCCGGUCAAUCAGCUUCGGUGUGUCAAGUUACCGCAUAUGUUGUCAAUGCCACUUCACACAUGCUAGACGGUGAAUGUAAUUCUACGAUUCCAAGCUCAGUUUUUAUGGAAUCGUUAAUCUCAUUGGCAGCAGCCUUACCAGCCAAUGUAAUCGCUAUACUGGGAAUGGAUCGAUUCGGACGUAAGUUUUUCCUGAUAUUCAGUACAUUGACAGCAGGUCUGUGCUCUGCUGGAAUGUAUUUUGUCACAAACAAACAGCAAAAUUUCAUUGUGUCGGCAAUUUUUACGGGUAUCAUCGCGUGCGGCAAUGCUUCGUUAGAUUGUCUGAUCACCGAAGUCUUUCCGACACAUCUCCGUGCAACUGGUGUGGCAAUAUCGAUGGUCGCUGCCCGAUUGGGCGGCAUCAUUGGCAACGUGGUCAUAGCAACGUUACUGGACAUGUACUGUCCAGCGCCCACAUUUAUCGUGGCCGUACUUCUUGCCGGUGGUGGUCUGAUGUGCUUAAUGUUACCGAAUACAACGCGAAAAGAUCUGUCUUAGCAUUUUAGACGCUGCUCGAUUUUUAAUUAUUGUUUUUUUUACCAACAUUUGAAUUUACAAUUCUGUCGUAUAAUUUAUGAUUGGUCGUUUCAUUAUUUUUGUGCCGAUAUAUUUAUGGACUUGUGCUGAAUGGCAUGCAAAAAUAUCAUCAAACAAAAUAGGGAACGCUACAACAACGUCACAUAUUAGUGAAAUAUUUAAGCAUUUUUAAUUGAUAAUUAUUUUGUUAUGAGAAGUGUAAAUACGUAAUUUAUAAAAAAAAUAAA